AUGUCGGUUGAUUCAGAGGUCAAAGUAUACUGUGCUGGAUCACAAUGUGGUAAGGAGACUCAAUCGAGCUUGAAAUGUCCUAUUUGUCUUAAGUCCGGAGUUGAGUCGGCCUUCUGUAAUGAGAGCUGCUACAAGAACAAUUAUAAGGCGCACAAAGCUGUACAUCCAACAGAGAGCGGCGAGGCUUACGAUCCAUUCCCCAAGUUCAAAUAUACUGGGAAGCUGAGAGCUACGUAUCCAUUGACUCCAAAGAGAUACGUUCCCGAGGAUAUCCCACGUCCGGACUGGGCUGCAAAUGGUCUGCCCAUCAGCGAGCAACGAAACGACCGCUUGAACAGGAUCCCAACGUAUGGUAAAGAUGCUAUCAAGAAGAUCCGUAAGGCUUGUAUUUUGGGUAGAGAAGUUCUGGAUCUGGCUGCUGCUGCAGUCAGACCAGGAAUCACAACCGAUGAAUUAGACGAAAUCGUGCAUAAAGCCACUAUCGAGCGCAAGGCUUAUCCUUCGCCAUUGAACUACUACAAUUUCCCAAAAUCUGUUUGCACGUCUGUGAACGAAGUGGUGUGCCAUGGGAUCCCAGAUAAGACUGUUUUGCAGGAGGGUGAUAUUGUGAACCUGGAUGUCUCGCUGUUCUACCAAGGCUACCACGCAGAUUUGAACGAGACUUACUACGUCGGAGAGAACUGCUCGAAGCAAGCAAUCAACACUGUCGAAACGGCUCGUGAGUGCUUAAAGCAGGCCAUCAAGCAGUGCAAACCAGGUGCCACUUUUCAAGAACUCGGUGAUUACAUCGAGAAGCACGCAGCAGAGAACAAGUGUUCUGUGGUGCGCACUUAUUGCGGCCAUGGCGUCGGUGAGUACUUCCACUGCGCUCCAAACAUCCCACAUUACGCGAAGAACAAAACCCCGGGUGUCAUGAAACCAGGAAUGGUCUUUACUGUUGAGCCGAUGAUCAAUGAGGGCGUCUGGAAGGACCUUACCUGGCCUGACGAUUGGACCUCUGUGACCCAGGAUGGGAAACUAAGUGCCCAGUUCGAGCACACGCUUCUGGUGACUGAAAACGGUGUAGAAAUCCUUACUGCAAGGAACAAGAAGUCUCCAGGUGGCCCCAGACAACGUAUUAAGUAG